AUGUUAGGCUACUCUUUCUGGCUGCUAGCCACACUGGCUAUCCUUUCGUGUACCUUCCGCAAUGUGACGACGCGUACGGCUACCGGUUCGACGGCACAGCAACUAACCGCGGCACAGGCCAAAGAUGGUGGUGGUGGAGGUAGCGGUGAAAGUGCACACGCAGGCGGUCUCUCGGGCGUGGCUAGCUCGGGUGCCUUCUGGGGUGAACUCUCGCAAGCCUAUCGUAUUUACAAGCAAUGCGCGCAAGAUAAUCUCUCGGUGUGUUUGAAGGUGAAGUUGCUGACGGGAUUGCAGCGUGUGAUGCGUGCAUCGAAGGUUCUUAAGCUGAUGGACGGCGUGCAGUUUGUGAAAAGUGACGAUGAAGUGACGAAUGGCAGCGCACCGAAAACAUUGAGUUUCACCAGCGAGAAGGAGCUCGAGGCGGUUUUACCGCGCGGUGAAGCUGCGAAGGAGCAGGUGCUGCACAGUAUGAUUGCGCGUGAAUUUUCUAAUUUAUUGCAGAAUUUCACGUUGCAGGUUAAAUUUCCCUACAUGCGCGGCACUGCGGAACACACUGAUGCAGAUAUUACGGAAGGACGCAAGAAGAAGGAUAAGAAAGGCGGUGGCGGUGCUUAUAUAAUGAUACCACUGCUGCUUGGCGGCACCUUCAUACCGAUUGCAUAUGGCGCUCUAGCCAUGCUGGCCGGUAAGGCGCUUAUCGUUUCCAAGUUGGCGCUCGUGUUGGCCUCCAUUAUUGGCAUUAAAAAGCUACUAAGUGGCCACAGCAAGGAAUCACACGAAGUGGUUGUCUCAUCGGGCGGCCAUUCUGAUUGGGGGCGUGACAUGGAUCUGGCGUACAAUGGCUGGAAGCCCGGCAAAGAAAACGUGAAGACGAUGUAA